UCACGAAUAAUAAUGGACAAUGGCAGUCAAGGCACCUACGUGAGCGAAUCUUUGGCGAAUUACCUAAAACUAACAACCGUCGGUUACGACAAAGCCCGCAUAUUUGCAUUCGGUGAAAAUAACCAGCGAAAGCAGUUAACUCCGUUGAGACGCGUAAAUGUCAAAGUGCAAAGUCAAUAUUCGGACCAGAUGAUUGAAAUAUGUGCUUCUGUGGUGCCUAUAAUAUGCGCGGACGUUUUACCCGAGCCGCGCUUCGAGGGUCGCUCGUUUAUGCAUUUGCAAGCAAAAUUAGCAGAAAAUAGAAUAUCUAGCGAAAACAUAAUUGGUGGCAUUAAUCUUCUAAUUGGCCAAGAUAACUAUUGGAAAUUUCACCUGGAUACUAACGAUAAUAUAGGUGAGAAUUUAGUGGCAGUAGAUACUUUCUUUGGAUGGACCAUACAAGGCUGCUGC